AUGGAACACCAUCACCAAGUCAUUGUCCAGCAAGAGUCACUCAAGGACCCUGAGAAGUACUGGGGUGAAUUCGCCUCGCUCCUCCAUUGGGACACGCCCUACUCCAAGGUCCUGACACCUGGAUCCGCCGCCGGUGUUAGCUAUACGUGGUUCAAGGACGGCAAGCUCAACACAUGUUACAAUGCCGUUGAUCGCCAUGUCCUCUCUGGCCAUGGGAAACAGGUCGCUAUUUACUACGACUCGCCCCUGAACAAGGAAAAGCGAGCCAUUACCUACAUGGAGCUUUUGGAUCAGGUCCAGACCCUUGCCGGGGUCAUUGCGUCCCAUGGCAUCAAGAAGGGCGACACGGUCCUCAUCUACAUGCCCAUGGUUCCAGAGGCACUGUUCUCGAUGCUCGCCUGCGCCCGACUAGGAGUCACCCACAGCGUCGUCUUUGGAGGAUUUGCUCCGUUGGAGAUCCAAAAGCGCAUCAACGACUGCAAGCCCGACCUGAUCAUCGGGGGAUCCUGCGGUAUCGAGGUCAACAAGGUCAUCCCCUACAAAGAAAUGUUGGACAAGGCCAUCGAGAUGAGCAACUACAAACCAACGCACAAGGUCAUCUUCCAGCGCGAUGUGGGACGUGUGCCAUUGGACCACUCCCGCGGGGAUCUUGAUUGGCAUGAGGAAAUGCAGCGGAUUCGCCUUGCAGGAAAGCAGGUCAAGCAUUGUGUUCCGGUUGAAAGUCAGCAUCCCUUGUAUAUCCUCUACACCAGUGGUACCACUGGGCUGCCCAAGGGUGUUGUUCGAGACAAUGGCGGACAUGCGACACAGACGUUGGCAACCAUGAAGACUUUGUUUGGCUCAGCUCCUGGGGAGACGAUUUUUUGCGCUAGCGAUGUUGGCUGGGUGGUCGGACACAGCUUCAUCUGCUACGGCCCAUUGUUACUCGGCUGUUCCACUGUGCUCUACGAGGGCAAGCCCGUGGGCACACCGGAUGCGGGAGCGUUCUUCAGGAUCCUUGAGGAGUACAAGGUCAGCACCUGGUACACAGCGCCGACUGCCCUGCGUGCGAUCCGACGUGUCGAUCCUAAUGCAGAAUCCAGUCGCAAGUACGAUUUCAGCCAUCUGAGAGGAUUGUACCUGGCAGGCGAGCGAUCGGACACGGGUACGAUUGAACAUUUCCGAAAGGUCAUUGGUGGCAAGCCCGUUGUGGAUAACUACUGGACUACCGAGUCCGGAUCGCCCAUGACGGGCGCUUGUCAGGGCCUGAUCGACGCCACUGGAGCCAGGGUCCCACCUAUCGCAAUUCGACAGGGUGCCGCGGGUAUGGCGAUGCCUGGUUAUGAUAUCCGUGUGCUAGCGGAUCCAGAGGAGACCGGAACAGGAUACAAGUUCGAGGAACUGGGCCCUUCCAAGUUUGGAAAUAUCGUGGUCAAAUUGCCGCUGCCACCCUCAGCCCUGCAUACGCUCUGGAACAACCAUGCUGGGUUCCAAAAGAGUUAUCUGUCACGAUUCCCUGGAUACUACGAUACAGGUGAUGCGGGUAUUAUUGAUGAGGAUGGCUAUGUGCAUGUGAUGUCGCGAACGGACGACAUUAUGCAGGUGGCAGGACAUCGACUCUCGACGGGUUCUGUGGAGCAGAUUCUGGCGGAACAUCCUGCGAUCUCGGAAUGCUGUGUCGUCCCGCUCUCGGACAAGCUCAAGGGCCAGGUUCCGAUGGGCUUGGUCGUGCUCAAGUUUGGAGUGAAGCAGAGCGAGGAGGAGAUCAAUAAGGAGACUGUACAGAUGGUGCGACAGAACCUGGGAGCGAUUGCGAACUAUAGCCAGACGCAUAUCAUUCGACGAUUGCCAAAGACGCGUAGCGGCAAGAUUCUGAGGAGGACGAUCCGGGAUAUUAUUGCGGGGAAGAGUCUGGAGAACAAGCAGUUGGUGGUUCCGGCCACGAUUGAGGACCCGUCGGUGCUGAAUGAGUUGGAGGAGAUGAUUAAGCACCUGGGACUCCAUGGUAACGACGGAGAGGCCGGUAAGGACGACGAUACCGUCCACAACGUGAAGGCGAAACUGUAA